AUGUGGAAACAAUUUACGUUGCGACGUUAUUACAAUAACAAUAAACUUAAAGUUCAACAAAACAUGAAGAAGACUAAAUUUAAGGUUGGGAACAAAGUACGCAUAAGUAAAUAUAAGCAUGGCUUUGAGAAGGGAUACACCCAUAAUUGGACAAGUGAAAUCUUUAAUGUAAGUCAAGUAUUGAGCACUGAUCUAGUAACCUACAAGCUUGUCGACUAUGACGAUCAACCGAUUGAAGGAGGUUUUUAUCAAAAAGAAUUGCCUAAGGUUCAUUACCCUGAUAUUUAUUUGGUAAAAAAAGUUCUGAAAAAACGUGGUAAUCAAGCUUUCGUCAAGUGGUUAGGAUUCGAUAAAAUACGCUAUAGCUGGAUUAACAAAAAAGAUUUUUAA